AGGCAGCUUGGAUAAGGAGUUCAGGGCAGCGCCCACACCCGGGGGUUCUCCGAAACCAGACCGCCUGUCCGCUCCCCCUUUCCCGCCCACCCUCCCACUCAUUCAUCCACCCACCCACCCACAGCCGGGACUGCAGCCCAGGAACCGGGGCCCCGCCGCCUCCUCACCGCGAUCCUGGACUUCCUCCUGCCUCCGGAGCCGGCUUCCACGUGUGUCCUGGAGCCGGCAUCUUCGCACACGCUACGCUCUGGACCUGGGUGUCUUCAACAGCCUGAACAGUCGGGGAUCCGGGGCCCGGGUGGCAUCUGGGCCAAGUUAGGCGUGGCCGAGUCAAGCACCGAACGUCUGCAAGAUCGGAGGAGCCGCGGGGCGUCCGGGGCAGAGCUGCAGCAAAUGGGCUCAGACUUGCGGGACCUGAACGCGCUGCUGCCAGCGGUACCCUCCCUGGGUGGAGGCGGCGGCUGCGCCCUACCCGUGAGCGGCGCCGCGCAGUGGGCACCGGUGCUGGACUUCGCGCCCCCGGGCGCCUCCGCAUACAGUUCGUUGGGCGGUCCUGCCCCGCCGCCGGCUCCGCCGCCACCCCCGCCGCCGCCGCCGCCUCACUCCUUCAUCAAACAGGAACCGAGCUGGGGCGGUGCAGAGCCGCACGAGGAGCAGUGUUUGAGCGCCUUCACCGUCCACUUCUCUGGUCAGUUCACCGGCACAGCUGGAGCCUGUCGCUACGGACCCUUUGGUCCUCCUCCGCCCAGCCAGGCGUCCUCCGGCCAGGCCAGGAUGUUCCCCAACGCGCCCUACCUGCCCAGCUGCCUCGAAAGCCAGCCCGCUAUUCGCAACCAGGGAUACAGCACAGUCACCUUCGACGGAACGCCCAACUACGGCCACACGCCCUCGCACCACGCGGCGCAGUUCCCCAACCACUCCUUCAAGCACGAGGACCCCAUGGGCCAGCAGGGCUCGCUGGGCGAGCAGCAGUAUUCGGUGCCACCCCCAGUCUAUGGCUGCCACACCCCCACCGACAGCUGCACAGGCAGCCAGGCCCUGCUGCUGAGGACGCCCUACAGCAGUGACAAUUUAUACCAGAUGACUUCCCAGCUUGAAUGCAUGACCUGGAAUCAGAUGAACUUAGGAGCCACCUUAAAGGGAGUUGCUGCUGGGAGCUCCAGCUCAGUGAAAUGGACAGAAGGGCAGAGCAACCACGGCACGGGCUACGAGAGCGAGAACCACACCACGCCCAUCCUCUGUGGCGCCCAGUACAGAAUACACACCCACGGCGUAUUCAGGGGCAUUCAGGACGUGCGGCGUGUGCCUGGAGUAGCCCCGACUCUUGUCCGGUCUGCAUCUGAGACCAGUGAGAAACGCCCCUUCAUGUGUGCUUACCCGGGCUGCAAUAAGAGAUAUUUUAAGCUGUCCCACUUACAGAUGCACAGCCGGAAGCACACUGGUGAGAAACCAUACCAGUGUGACUUCAAGGACUGUGAGCGAAGGUUUUCUCGUUCAGACCAGCUCAAAAGACACCAGAGGAGACACACAGGUGUGAAACCAUUCCAGUGUAAAACUUGUCAGCGAAAGUUCUCCCGGUCCGACCACCUGAAGACCCACACCAGGACUCAUACAGGUAAAACAAGUGAAAAGCCCUUCAGCUGUCGGUGGCCCAGUUGCCAGAAGAAGUUUGCGCGGUCAGACGAAUUAGUCCGCCAUCACAACAUGCACCAGAGAAACAUGACCAAGCUGCAGCUGGCACUCUGAGGGGUCCGACCUGGGCACAGCUCCAUGUGCCAGGCAGGACAGUGUGGGAACUUCCAAAUCUGACUUCCACAUCCCUCCUCACUCACCUCUCUGAGAAGUGGCAAUUCGUCGUCUUCGUCCAGCUUCCAAGACAAGAUGCGUGUACUACUGGAUCCCAUCAGAUUUGCCCGGAGAAGGUGGCCUCUGCUUUGCCACCUGGCACUGGACUCACAAGGCCCCAGAGAGGUGGCCAACAACGUCUGGUUCCUUACAGGCCCAUCGCUGUUUGAUCUGGAUUGUCCAGUGUAAGAAGAGCCAUUGUUAAUAAUGCUCCUCUGCCCUCUUCUUUUUACGCUCAUUUUCGCCGGGAAUGGAGUCAUUGUACCAUUUUCCAUCAUAGAAUAUUUAUAGGCCAGGGCAUGUGUAUGUGUCUGCUAAUGUAAACUUCGUCAUGGUUUCCAUUUACUAACAGCAACGGCAAGAAAUAAAUCAGAGAGCAAGGCCCUGGGGGUGAGUCCCGCCCGGCAGUGCGGAGGUUAGGCAGGCUGCGAACUUGCCAGGCAACUUGGAAAACUCAUGUUUCAAGCAGCUGAAAAAAAAUCAGAACUAACCAGCAACUCUGUAGAGAAAGCUAAAAGAAUCUUACCACUCAGUUAAUUCAUUAACAUUAGCACAAUGCUCUUAAGAAACUGUGCUUGAAGAUCUGAGAUUUUGGUUUUGUGUUUAUUUUUGACUGUUUUGAGUUGUAGUCAUAUGCAUCUUCAGAGAUGUACAUAUCUCUUCACACGAAGGAAGUGGAAUUCAUUUUUAUCAUUUGGGGUGUCCUUAGAGUCCUUAGAGUGUACAGGUCACGCUGGUUAUGUGGCUUCACGUUGUAAAAAUUAAAGCGACUCUAAAAGAAAUAGGGCUGAUCCAGGAUCUCCCCUGAUAAGACUGUUCUUAAGUAACUUAAGUAACUUUGGGUCUACAAGUAUUUGUGCAAAAAAAUGAUGCUUAACUAGUGUGAGGAAAUCCUCUGUUUAAAGGUAAUUGAGUGUGUGUGAUUUUAUUUCGUUUUUUUUUAAGGGAGGGAGGUUUUUAUUUACUGUUGCCUGAAAUUAUUGUGUAAAUAUAUCUAUCUGAUAAUGAUCUGUUCUUUGACAACUAAAGUUAGGAAAUGUAUAAAUGUUAGAUGCAUCACUGUCUUGGUGUCGAUCUUACAACAUAUGGAUAACACUGAAAAUGUAACCUGCAUUUUUCACUUUGCUCUCAAUUAAAGUCUAUUCAAAAGGAAA